AUGGGUCUCAGUCCCAGGGAACUCCUGGAGUAUCAGAACCAGAGGGCUCUUAUCCAGUCACAAAAUGCAAGGAGAUUGUGGUUGGCGAGACAGAAUCCGGACGACCUAGAGGGCACCCAUGCCAGUGCGGAAUCAUCUGGAAGCCUUCACAUUGCCAGUAAGAAUGACUUCAUGACAGAGACCCUUGAGUCUACGAGAUGGCAUGUUUUCCACAGAAUCGAAGGCGAGGAAGCAACCUAUCUUCUGGGACCUUCAUGGACCACCCACAAAUCUGGCAGCAUCCGCCUCAGAGGAAACUUACUAGUCGCCGAUGAAGCCGAGUAUCUUCGCCAAAGGCCCUGCUUGGAUUUUGUCAUAUGCAAAUACUACGAUCAUGCAAGCCAGUUGCAAGCGGCGCAACGGGCCGAAACCGAAAAUAUCGCGUUGCCUCCUCCUAUUCCAGUCACCGAAACCAUCCAGCUGCUUUCCGAGCAAAUGAUCACCGCAGUGGAGGCAUUCCUCAACACUCAGCCUAGUUUCAGAGAACGCUUCCCACAGUGGAUAUCCAAGGAACCCAUCAAGUCUCCGUUCCUGUUCUGGUACUGUUAUCGGUCCGCGGACUGCUUUGAUGGGCUGUCCGAGCCCCACAGGAAGCAACUGCGCCUGCUUACGGGGUGGAUUGACAAGAACUACAACGAGUUCUACACCGAAGCUGAGGGCCUUUUCACAAGUGGCUUCGUCUCGUGUCAAACAAUGCCUUUGUUCUUUCUUCCUGGAGAGGUUGUGGUAUCGAAGCUUGGUACCGCAAUACAAGGCCAUAUUGCUGAAAUGCCCAUCAGCGAAGAAGAUUUAACCAGCAGAAACGUUUCUAAAUGGUGUCUCAGAGCAUGGUCUUAUGCCUUCGAUGGUCGUUUCUACCGCCAGAGCUCGAACCUGUACCUGGAUAUUGAUUUCAGCAACCAUAAAAACGUCAAUAUGACAGAGCUGGCGGUCGUACCUCUACGCUUUUCAAGCAACGAGAUUCGUACAAAGCUCAUUCGCCGUGGAAAGAUGGCGUGGGAAUGUCGCCACAGGGCCUUCUUUUCGCUUUACGGAGAAGGAAAUGAUAUUUUGAAGCAAGGAGAAAGGUAUAUGAUUGAUUUUGGCACCUACGAGCAACAAAACUCCGACUCUCCCAAGUACAAGGAGGUGUACCGGCUGUCUCAUGCUCGUGACCGAAAAGAAUUGGAUGAAUCGGUCAUGGAAUGUGAUGCUGCUCCGCAAGCUCCGGAAAUCUUGGUUUUCCCCCGUACUCUUAUGGGAUACAGUCUGCAAAAGAAUAAGUGGCAAAACGUUGAGCUGGAUAUGGUGCAAAGCAUGUCUUGGAACAGGCAGGCAUUCGACCGAUUAGUGAUAGACGAGGAAAAAAAAGAGCUUAUUCGUGCUCUCGUUACCGACAGCAUUGAACCCAAGGAGAGCACGGAUAUCAUUCAAGGUAGUGGUAACAGGCUCACUAUCCUGCUGCAUGGUAGCCCAGGAACCGGCAAAACCCAUACAGCCGAAAGCGUCGCGGAGAAGGUAAAGAAACCGCUGCUCCAUGUUAAAUGCUGCGAAAUUGGCUAUGAUCCCCAGGAGAUGCAGCGGUACCUCGAGGCGAUCUUUUAUCUAGGAAAGCUUUGGCGCUGCGUGGUUUUGCUCGACGAGGCCGAUGUUUUCCUCGAGCAACGAACUCUUGCUGACCCGGGACGGAAUGUUUUGGUUUCUGUUUUCUUGCGUGCACUCGAAAACUACGAGGGCAUACUGAUUAUGACCACGAACCGAGUAGACGCCUUCGACGAAACCUUCACGUCACGCAUCCAGCUGCCCAUUCAUUACGAGCCCCUCAGCAAGUCGCAACGCCGCAGGAUCUGGGCCAACUUUUUCAACCAAUUGGACCUUCCAGAGCGGAAUGACGACGAAGCCCAGUCGACUACUAAGCAAAACAAACGAAAAUUCGAAGGAGCGAGAGGCAUCGAUAUCGACAAUCUUGAACGCCACCUUGCCGAACUAGCCGAGGAGGAGAUGAACGGCCAUCAGAUCCGCAAUGCCAUUACGAUGGCCAGACAACUGGCCCGAUUCAAAGAAGAGAGGAUGUCGUAUAAACACUUGGAGCAUGUUAUCAGGAUUUCCACAAGGUUCAACAAACAUCGUGGAAAGGCUCGGGAUGACUGCGCGAGUGAGCGAAUGUCGUGGGAAGAUGGGCGUCGGUAG